GCAAAUGCUUCAUUCAAUAAAACAAAUUUUCGUAAAAGAACAUUCCAAUUUCUUACGAGCUGAGAUCUCCAUCUCAAUUUCUUUCUCCGUAUGCCUUUGUCUUCUUCACCUCAUCUUCGUUUCUCGUCGUUACUCCCUCGACUUCUUCGCUGUCGAGCCCUCGAUACCCCGGAUCUCUGAUCUCCGUUUUCUUUGCAGAUUGUUCGAAAUGCAGUGGUACAUAGUUGCUUUGCUUCUUACUGUGCUUACCAGUUCUCAGGGAAUUCUGACUACGUUAUCACAAAGUAAUGGUAGAUAUGAUUACGACUAUGCGACAGUCCCCUUUCUUGCUGAAGUUUUUAAGCUUCUCGUGUCAAGUUUGUUUCUCUGGAAGGAGAGCCAGAAAUCUCCUUCUCCAAAAAUGACCACUGAUUGGAGAACAGUUCGUUUAUAUCCGAUUCCUUCAAUUAUAUACCUGAUCCACAACAAUGUUCAAUUUGCUACCCUGACAUAUGUGGAUACAUCCACGUACCAGAUAAUGGGGAAUUUGAAGAUUGUCACGACUGGAAUUUUGUUCAGGCUGUUCCUAAGGAGGAAACUAUCCAACUUGCAGUGGAUGGCUAUUAUUCUGCUUGCAGUUGGGACAACCACAAGCCAGGUUAAAGGGUGUGGAGAGGCUUCAUGUGAAUCUCUUCUCUCAGCACCAAUUCAAGGAUACAUGCUAGGGAUUCUUUCUGCCUGUCUUUCAGCAUUAGCAGGCAUUUAUACAGAGUUCUUAAUGAAGAAAAAUAAUGAUUCUUUAUAUUGGCAGAAUGUUCAGUUAUACACGUUUGGGGCGAUUUUUAACAUGGCACGGCUUGUCGCUGAUGAUUUUAGGGGUGGAUUUGAGAAGGGUCCAUGGUGGCAACGUCUUCUCAAUGGAUACAGUAUUACUACCUGGAUGGUGGUUAUUAAUCUUGGGUCCACUGGGCUUUUGGUUUCAUGGCUGAUGAAAUAUGCUGAUAAUAUUGUUAAGGUGUAUUCUACUUCAAUGGCAAUGCUUCUUACGACAAUCCUAUCUGUGUAUCUGUUUAACUUCAAGCCAACACUGCAGCUUUUCCUAGGCAUUAUUGUGUGCAUGAUGUCUCUUCACAUGUAUUUUGCUCCUCCUCAAAUGCUCGUAGAUUUGCCUCCAGUGGUAAAAUCAGAAGACCUGGAGUGUCUCGUAGAGGUUUCCAGUGAUCGUAGAACAGAUUCUUGAUCUACAAUUUUCUUGUUCUUUUUAUUAUUUUCGAUCUCAACGCACUUGUCAUUUGGUGUGUCUGUAUUGUUAAAGAUUAUAUUGCUGAGUAAUAUAAAUAUGUGUAGAGCCUAGAAUUUAGAACUUGUUAUUAA